AUGGGCCAUGCCUCUCGCGGUAGAGCCACUGGCAUUGGCUCUCAGCUCGUGGCACUCGAGGGUCAUCAGCUGACAGUCAGGUUAUGGCACUCCUCUGAGUUGGUGAAGAUUUCUGAGAAAGGUGUGGCGUUCGUUGCGACAGCCCUACGCCACCCGCAGCUUCGCAGCAGACAGCCCCAAACAGCCCUCAACCUGCAGCCCACAACCCGCACCCACAGCUUCAAAACAGACAGCCCCAAACAGUUCUCAGCCCGCAACCCACAACUCGCAGCCCCAAACAGUCCUCAGCCCACAACCCACAACUCGCAGCCCCAAACAGUCCUCAGCCCACAACUCGCAGCCCCAAACAGUCCUCAGCCCACAACGUACAACCCGCAGCCCCAAACAGUUCUCAGCCCACACCCACAACUCGCAGCCCCAAACAGUCUCAGCCCACAACCCACAACUCGCAGCCCAAACAGUCCUCAGCCCACAACCCACAACUCGCAGCCCCAAACAGUCCUCAGCCCACAACUCGCAGCCCCAAAUAGUCCUCAGCCCACAACGUACAACCCGCAGCCCCAAACAGUCCUCAGCCACAACACAACUCGCAGCCCCAAACAGUCCUCAGCCCACAACUCGCAGCCCCAAACAGUCCUCAGCCCACAACUCGCAGCCCCAAACAGUCCAGCCCACAACUCGCAGCCCCAGCAGGCCCCACAAGGCAGCCCCUUAGCUUGA